AUGGCGACUGUGCAAUCCAUCGAGCAUGAGCAGCUGUCCAAGCUGCGGGAGUACAUCGAGAGUCUGGGGGGGCGGCUGGAUGGGGCGUGGAAGUGCCGGGCUAACAUUCGUGACUUUGGGUCCAGGGCUGGCUCUAUGGAUACAUGGUUCACAGCCCCACACGGAGAGACCUUCCGCUCCAAAGUGGCGGUGGCUCGCGGGAUGGGGCUGGACCCAGGGGCGGCGCCCAAGCCCCGCGCCGCGCGGCGGCCGCUCGACCCCGACCGCCCGCGCCCGCCCAAGCAGCCGCGGCCGCCCAAAGACCCCUCGGCCGCAGGCGACAAGCCUGCGCGAGAGCCCAAGGCGCCGCCCGCGCCCAAGAUCAAGCGGCCACGCGGCUGGAACACUUGGACCCCCUCGGAGAAGUGGCAGGACGACCCGGUGCUGGAUGCAGACCCGGGUGGUCCCUGGGUGAUGGGCGACGUGGCAGAGCUGCUGCUGGCCAUGCCCGCGGCAGACGGCGGCGACGACACCUACGACGGCUGGCUGUGCCUGAUGAGCCGCAACGUGCGCGACCCAGCGGUCCUUAUGGCCAUGCACAUGAUGGCCACCCAGCACCCGCAGUGGCUCAGCCACUACAACAACCACGCCGCCGAGGCCUACCUGGCAGCGGCUGAGCGGGAGCUUGUCGAGCGGCGGCAGCGGGAGCUGGAGGAGGCCGAGGCGGCGGUGGCGGCGGCGGUGGAGGAGGGCCUGCUGCUGCCGCCGGUGCCCUGCAAGGCCUGCGAGGGCGGCGCCUGCGGCCUGCAGCAGGACGCCGUGGCUCUAGACCUCGGCUUGGACCCGCCUGGAGCAAAGCCCGCCGCCGGUGAUGGUGGUGGUGGUGGUGGUGGUGGUGCCGACGGCGGCAGCGUGGGCGAUGGCAAGGCUGCUGCUCCACCCGCCGCACCAGCUUCGGCAACAGCCUCAGCGCCCGCAGCAGCAGCAACGGCGGCGGCAGGCGACGGCGUGCACGUCUCGCUGCGGCCCGAGAAGCGCCGCGCGCCGCUGUGCGCGGCCUGCACCGCCGCGCUCAUGUCGGCGGCGGCGGCGGCCAAGGCGGCGGCCGAUGCGGCGGCGGCAGAUGCCGAAGAGGAGGAAGACACGAGUGACGAGGACUUUGUGCAUGCCUCUGUCAAGGCCGGCUCUAAAGUGCCCCGCCCGCCCUCUGCCACGGCGGGCGACGGCGGCGGCAGCGGCGAGGAGGAGGAGGGCGGCGGCGGCGACGGCGGCGGCGGCAGGGGCAGGGGCAGGGGCCGCGGACGCGGGCGCGGGCGCGGCGGGCGCGGCGGGCGCGGCGGCAGGGGCGGCGGCAGGGGGAAGAAGGGAGGCAAGGAGGGAGGCAAAGAGACCGGCGGCGGUGAGGCGGACGGCGCGCAUGGCGAGGGCGAGGGGCAGGGCAAGGCGGGCGAUGGAGAAGAGGAGGAAGUGAAAGAGCCCUGCAGCCCCACGGGCCUGACCGACGCCAAUGCCAACAUGCUCCUUUCCAUCCUGGGCAAGCCCCGGCCUCGCCCGCGCCCGCCCCCCAAGCACCGCGCGCCCCCCACGGCCGCCAGCCAGCCUGCCGGCGGCGGCGCGGAGGAGGCCGGCGGCGGCGCGCAGGCUGCGGCGGCGGAGGGGCAGGGCUCGGGGUCGGGCCAGGCAUCGGAGGAUGAGCGCUCAGGCUCUGAAUUGGAAGAACAAGAAGAGGAGGAGGAGGAGGAGGAGGAGGAGGGGCAGGAUGAGUCGGAUGAGGAUUACGAGAUGGAAAGGAAGCGGCCGAGGAAGAAAGAGCAGUCUCAGGCGCCCUCGGCUGCUGCGGCGCCGCAGCAGGGCGAGCAGGCGGGCGAGCAGCCGUCCGCAGCGCCGCCGGCAGCCCCCAGCCAGCCCAAGCUUAGCGAGCGCCCGGGGUUUGUGCACACCGGCGGCCCGCCCGCGGCCGUGGUGGCGGCGUUUGGCGUGACGCCGCCGGCGGCCGCCGCAGCUGCCCGGCCGGCCUCUGUGGCCUCCGGAGACGCGCCUGGCAUUGGGAGCGAGGGCCUUGGCGCCACGCCCGGCAGCGGCGCGGUGCCCGCGGCGCCUGGCAGCGGCUCGAAGCAAGUCAAGCCAACCACCGGGUCGCUGCGAGGCAAGACUGUAGAGGAGGUGGAGCAGGCGCUGAUGGACCGCCUGGUGAAGUACAUCAGCGACAUGGGGCACGCGCUGCCCUUUGGAUGGUCAGUCAAGGCCGCCAUCCGCCAGAACGGCGCCUCUGCAGGCGGCAUCGACGCGUAUUACUACAGCCCAGGAGGAAAGCGCUUCAAGUCGAUGGUCAAGGUGGCGGAAGCGUUGGGCUUUGCCACGGCGGCAGCGCCCAACCCCAAGUCUGCCGGGCGCAGCGGCGUCAGUGGAGGAAAGCGCGGCGGCGGAGGAGGAGGGGCCUCCCUCAUCCCGGGCGUACCGGCGGAAAUUGCGGCCAUGUUUGCGGCGACGAUGGCGGCGGCCGCGGCCGGCGGCGGCGGCCUGCCGCCGCUGCCGCUGCCGCUGCUGCCGCUGCCGCCGCUGCCGCCGCUGCCGCUGCCGCCGCUGCGGCUGCCGCGGGCCUCGGCCGCGGGCCUCGGCACGCCGGGCAGCCCGCUGGCUGGCGGCGAGGAGGGGGAGGGCGGCCCCGGCGACGGCACGCCCGGCUCCGGGCAGCAGCUGGGAGAGGAGGGCGAGGGCGGCGGCAGCGGGGAGGGGCGGCGGCCGCGCCGCCACAAGCCGGCCCGCAGGAGGCUGCCGGGAGAGGAGGACUCCGGAGACGACGAUUACUUCCCUUCCAAGGCGGCAGCAGCCCGUGAAGCCCGCCACAAUCGCUCCGGCGGGCCCUCCGCCGCAGCCUAUGCCGCAGCCUAUGCUGCGGCGAUCGCCGCCGCGCAGCAGCAGCAGCAGCAGCAGCAGCAGGGGGGCGAGGGCGGCGGCGGCGGCGAGGCCGCUGCCGGCGAGGCACUGCCGGGCAGCCUGCCGCUGCUGCCCGGCCUGCAGCUGCCGGAGCUGCAGCUUCCCGCCGGCUUCCAGCUGCAGCUGCCACCGCUCUCCUUCCCGCCCAUGCCGCUCCCAGAGGGCACCGCAGCACGAGCACCAGCAGGUGGCGGCGGCGAUGCCGCCGCUCCCGACUCCGCACCCACUGCGGCAGCAACGGCAGCCGCUGCUGCGGCUGCCGCGGCGAUGAGCGGCCUGGAGAGCUUCGGCCUCAGCCCAGAGGCCGCUGCCGCUGCGGCUGCGGCGGCGGCGGCCUGGCUGAGCGGCGGCACGCCGCCGGGGCAGCGCAAGAAGUGUGGCAAGUGCCGCACGUGUCAGAACCCUGGCCUGAAGAAAGGAUGCCUGGCCAUAAAGCAGCAGAAGCACGAGGAGGAGCAGCGGCUGGCGGAGCUGCAGCGCCAGCUGCGCGAGCUGGAGCAGGCGGAGCAGCGGCUGACGAGCGAAGCGCAGGAGCUGGGGAUCGGGGCGGCAGAGGUCGCCGCGGCGCAGCCCCUGCCGCUGCCCCCCUUGCGGGGCAGCGAGGGGGAGGAGGGAGGGGCUUCCGAGGGGGCUGGCUACGAGUACGAUGGGCAGUACAGCGAUGAGCGGGAGUCCGAGGGGGAGCAGGGUGGGGAGCGGGAUGCGGUGGCGGUGGCGGCCGCCCUGGCAGGGGGCGGCGGGCCGCAGCCGGGGCAGGCGCCCGUGGUCCCGCUGCAGCCUGUGGCCCCACACAUGCGGGACCAACAGGACCAGCAGCGGGACCAGCAGCGGGACCAGCAGCAGGAGCAGCGGCAGGGGCAGGUGGGGGCAGUCGGCGUGCCGCCCGCGCCCGCUGGCGCCAGCUCCGCGGCGGCGCCGCCGCCGCCGACGGAUGUGGAUGGCCGCCAGGCGCCCCCAGCUGCCGCUGCCGAGGCGGCGGCUGCACCAGCAACCCUUGCAGGCAGGCCCCAGCUUCUGCCCCAGCAGCAGCCACAGGCAGCAGCUUCAGCGGCAGCAGCACCUGCCGCCGCCCCCAACGCUCCGCCGCCUGCCGUCCCAGCAGAGGCGGCGGCCGCCGCUGCCAUGCAGCAGUCGCAGCAGCCGCCACCGCCACCGCAGCAGCAAGCGCAGGAGGAGCAGGCCGGCCGCAAGCGGCCGCGGGAGGAUGGAGAGGAGGAGGGCGGCGGCGGCGGCAAGCGCUUGCAGCAGGAGGCGGCCCCUGCCCCUGCAGCUGCCGCACCACUGCCGCCGCCAUCAGCAGAGGCUGCCCCAGCUGUGCCAGUGGCAGCGGGCACGGCUGCUGCAGCUGCGCCGCCGGUAGCAGCCGCAGCGGCGGCAGGCCCAGCCCAGCCCGCCCGCCGGCCACCCGCCCUGGCCGCCUCUGCCGCCGCCGUUGCCGGCGGCAGCGGCGGCGGCAACAAAGGGCAGAGGCAGGGUGAGGAGGAGGAGUGCAAGGGUGUGGGCAGGGGCGCCAGCGGGAAGCCGCCGGCAGACAUCCCUGUGCCUGAGCGGGGGCCUGGCAGCGGCAGGGAUGAGGAGGAGGAGGACGGCUCUGGCGCGCCGGGAGCCUCCUCCACUCACCCGCCGCGGCAGGGCAGCAGCCAGGGCGGCCAGCAGCAGCAGAAGCAGCAGCAGCAGCAGCAGAGCGGCGGCGCCGGCGGCGGCAGCAAAGGAGGCAGCGCCGGCGGCGGCGGCGGGGCCGGCGCCGGCAAGCAUGCGUCUGGGGCCGGCGGCGGCGCCAGCAGCGGCGGCGGCGGCGGCGACAAGCGCGGCGGCGGCGCAGGCAGGGGCGGCGGCGGCGGGGAGGGCGGCAGAGGCGGCGGCAGGGGCGGCGGCAGGAAGCGUGGGCGGGCGGAGCCGACGCCGCCGGGGCGCAAGCGCCCCCGCAAGCCCAACAAAGGCGGCAAGCCGCCCCUGGCGCCGCAGGCCCCGCCGCAGCCCCCGCCGCCACCCAGCCCGGAGGAGGUUCAGAAGGCGGUUGCCGAGGCCAAGGCAAAGCGCAAGGCGGACGCGGAGAAGCGGCGGCGGCGGCGGGAGGCUAACCUGGAGAGCCGCAACAACUACGACCGCAUGCUGGCCCGCCUGCGCAGCCAGCUGCACGAGCAGGCGCUGGUGGAGGCGUACGCCGCCGACGGCUGGCGGGGCGCGUCGCGGGAGAAGGUCAAGCCUGUGGCGGAGAUCAAGCGUGCCAAGGACCAGAUCUCCAAGUGCCGGGAGGCCAUCCGGGAAUGCAUGGACAUGGUGGAUCUCAUAAACGACGAGUUUGGAACUGAAUACGAGGAUGACACGCCGUGGCGCCUCAUCCUGGCGCCCGGCACGCUGCCACGCUCGCCCCAGGGCGCCGCCGCGGGCCCCGGCUCGCCCCGCGCCGCCGCCGUCGACCUCAACCGCCUGGACACGCUGUUGGAGGGCGCGGACCUGCCGUCAGACGACGAGGAGGACGAGGACUAUGAGGCCAGCAGCAGCGAGUCUGAGGGCGGGCCCAGGAAGCGCCGCCGCGCCGGCUCCGCAGCCGCCGCCAGCGGUGACGAGAGCGGCGACGAGGGCAGCGGCGGCGAGGAGGGGAGCGGCGGCAGCGAGGCCGGCGGCAGCGGAUCCGAUUCAGAGAGCGGCGCCAGCCUGGCGUCAGAGGACCUGGAGGGGGAGAUUGAGGAUGUGGAGCUGAGCGCAGGCGCCGCUGCGGCUGUGGCCGGCAGGGCUGCCUGCUGCUGCCUCUGA